AUGGUUGCAAAACGUUUUAAGAGUUUGAGAGAUACCUUUCAAAAAGAAAGAAAGAAAGUUCUUGCUAAUAUUCCCUCAUCAGGAGCAGGUGUACAAGAUGGAAAUACGAGAUAUGAGUCAACAUGGGAAUACUAUAAAGAUUUAUUGUUCCUUUCAGAACACAUUAACAGUAGAACGACAAUAAGUAAUUAUUCAGGACACUCUGACAGUGAAUCUGUCUGUCCUGAAACACAAUCAGAUGACAGUCAGUUUUGGACAAAUGAAACAGAUUCCUGUACAAACGUUUUAAAAAGGAAAGCAAGCCAGCCGCUUAUUUUCAUUGAAAUGACAGAAGAAAAUGAAAGUGCAAUACCUGAAAAUAUUGUUUAUAAGGAUACUCCGUCUGUCUCUUUGCAAUGCACAUCCUCCUCAGGUGACAACGAGUCAUUACUCAGCGACGAAUCAAAUAAAAAUUCUUGUGUUUCACUAGCUGUACUAAAAUCAUCAGUACCUAUUAUUGAGGUUCAAAGAGAGACCGAGACAUUACCGACAAAAAUAUCUGGUUCUCAAUGUGAAGCAUCAUAUCUGAAAAGUCCCUUACUAUUCGAGGAAAAGCGGUAA